AUGAGCUGGGCAGCGGGCGUGUCGCCGCAGCACCUGACGCACAACGCGGCGUGCCGUUGCCGCGAUGUGCAUUCUUCCCGGCGCCGGCGCGUGGAGUCGACGUGCAGACGGCUGAUCGCGCGCCAGCGUAGACAUCAUUCUCAGGGACGCGCCGGGCCGCAAGGGCGCGCGGAACUCCGUGCGGCGGCAAGCGACGCCCCAACUCAACCUGCUCGAAGAGAUGCAGCAGAGUGGCUCGCAGCGGGCCUGACCUCUACGCACAAUAACGUCACCGUCCACCUCGCGCUGUCCUCGGCCCCUCUACCCCUGAUCAUCCCAGCGCCCGACGCGAGCGGCCCUCCGCCACACAGCAUCACGCUCGUCUUCCCCGCCGACGUCGACGCUACCAUGGACCUGUACAUUGAUCAAGAGCGUGAAGACCGAGACCCCUACUGGGCGCGCCCGUGGCCGUCCGCGGUCGCGCUGGCCUCCGUGAUCCUCCAGCGGCCCGAGCUGGUCGCCGGGAAGCGCGUUCUCGACCUGGGCUGCGGGCUGGGCGUCGCGGGACUGGCGGCGGCACGUGCGGGCGCGAGAGAGGUGGUGCUAGGGGACAGGGAGGAGCUCGCGCUGCAGUGCGCGUUGCUCGGGGCGAUGAUGUCGGGCGUGGACGGGGCCGUGCAGGACCCGGGGACGGUCGGGCGGGAGGCGGGGGGGUGUGGGGGGGUCGAGAGAAUCAGGGCGGAGGUGCUCGACUGGCAAGAGGGGUACUCUGGGGAGGAGUUCGACGUCGUGCUGGCGUGCGACGUGCUGUACGAGGACUUCUCCGUGGAGCCCGUCGCGCGGCUCGUCCCGCAGCUGCUCGGCCACGGCCGCGGGCUCCUCGUUCUCGCGGACCCCCCCACCCGCACGCCUGACAACCGGCGGCGCUUCCUGGCGCUUCUGCGCGGGGCCGGCGCCGGCAUGGUGCUCGAGGAGAGCGCGCUUGAGGACGCAGCGAUCGAUCCGAUGGCUGCGGUGGGGGAGUCCCGCAGCCUCGACUUGUGCAGCAUGGCGGGCGCGGAACAUCACGGUACGCGCAUACAGCUAGCUGUGCUUCGGGGCGUGCCCGACGCCGGGAGCGACACCGUGGGUGUGAAGCUCUGA